AUGCCGGGGAACGAGCUAAUCGCCCUGCUCCUCGGAAUCCUGCUGCUCAUCGUCACCAUCGGCUGGCUCGUCUUCUGCUGGUACCGGCGACACAUCAACACUGGGGUCAUGAUGCAUCAAGCACGAGCUCGCAUCCACCGGGACCGACGUCAGGCCAACUACGAUCUGGAGCGAGGAUAUUACAACCCCGAUUAUCUUCUUCCCAAAUACACACGCUUCGGAUGGAUACGGCCAAAGCCACAAGUCGAUGACAUACCGAGGGAACCAGAUUACGUCCUACUCCGCCGGUUGACCGAUGAAGGAGGUCAUCAUCGAGGUCGUUCGUUCAGACAUGACCGUCUCUCACCGAUAUACAUGGAGCCCCGACAUCCAGUGUCCGCUAUACGGAGCGAACAGCAGCAGGAGCGACCUCAGCAGCAGAAGCAGGGCAAGAAACAGAAACAAAAGAAACGCAAUCAAGGGAACCAGAAUGACCAGGGGAAUCAGAACAAUCAACAGCAACAGAACAACCAAGGAAAACAGAAAAACCAAGGGAAACGAAACAAUCAGGGAAAGCAGAACAACCAGGGAAAGCAGAACAACCAGGGAAAACAGAACAAUCAGGGAAAGCAGAACAACAAAGCAAAGCAAAAUAGUCAUGAGAACAACGAGAACAACCAAGGAAGCCAAGGGAGCAACUCGCCCAAUCAAAAGAAGAAUAACAAUUGGAAGCAAAAGGACAACCGCGAGAGUUCUCCUGAGCAACCUCAAGAAGAGGAGCAAGACCAGCAAGAUCAACAAGGGGAUGACCAAAAUGACAACAACGACAACCAAGAUGGCCAGAACAACACUCAAACUGAUGAGUGGGGUCAUGAAGUGGCUCAAGGCAACAACUCCAACGAUCGUCCGAUCAGCCCUAUCGAGUGGUGA